GUCGACAUGACAGAUCAUCUACAAUUCGUAAGAAAAUCAUGAUAAAACAGUUCAACUGAUCGAACUGAUAUUUCAGUAAUUAAUUUUAGUUGCACUGACCAACUUUUAAGAUUACAAUAAUGAAAAUUUUACAUAUUUUAAUAUCAUUGGCAUUAGUAAAUGUUUUGGUAGCUAUAAUAGACAAAUAUCAUAAGCUGGUUAUUAUAACAAACCGACACAUCGAACUGGCGAAAGAUCUAUUGCCGGAAAUAAUAAGAUACGUCGUUGACCUUGAUAAAAAUACGAUGGAGAGAAUGGUUUUUAUGUUUGCAGUACCGGAUUUUGCAGGAUCCCACCAAACGCUAAGUUCAGUAUGCCAGAAUCAUUUGCGAACAGUAAUAAGAUCUGUAACAGGUAUCAAGGCACCUGAGAUAAACGAAGGCGAUUUUGCAGACGUUAAUCUCUCAGCUUCUGGAAAUGCAAGAAGGAAUUUAACUAGAGAAGCUAUACAAAUUUUAAUUCGUCUUGAAUUACGUAAAGAAAAUCCAAGUGAUAAAGACUACUAUAUGAUGUGUCGUUUAAUAGGAUUGUUCAUAAGCGCAAAAUACCCAGGUCCAUAUUAUAUAGAAUUUGCUACUUACAAUGAUGGAAUUUGUGAACUAGUAGUUAUAAACCAUCUGUUUACCAUAAGGUACAAAUACAUUGGUGGCGUAAUUUGGGAAAUAAACGAAAAGGAUUUACUAGUCAAGCCAUUUAUUGACGAGUUAAAUAAUUUUGACCAGGAAUUACAACGAUGACUUGUACCUAUUUUACAGUCUUAUUAGCAUUAUAUUUAAAUAACUUUUGUAUCCCAAACUAAUACUCAAGUUAUCAAUAAAAUUAAAGUUUUCAAUAAUAAUGAGUUUUAAUCACGACUUUAAACACGUUUGUUGCUUUUUUGAUGUAUUUAUAUUAUUGUUAUUUAAUACUUUUUCACA